AUGAUUCCAUUGCAUGACAGGCUUUUGGGGCCUUUGCAAGGACACGCUUUGCCCCUAAAAGAACAUGGUCUAUAUACAUUUGUCACAAAUGGAGACAAUUGUACACAGAGAGAGACAAAGGGAAGAAAAGAAAUAAAGAUAAAUCUUAGAAAAAUGAAGUCAAUCUUUUACCUGUGUUUUUUGAUUGCUGGGAUUCAUGGUGAAAGACCUUGCCAACAGAAUUCUAACGACAACAACAGCACUGAAAAUUACCACGGUGGAAACAGAAACCAAGUAGGUCCAGCAAACGAAAAUAUGCUGGGUCAUAAAGUAGAGAGAAGCAUUUGUCAGUUUGCAUUUAAUUUUUAUAAGGAGGCUUCUUCUCAGAGAAACAACAAGAAUGUGAUCUUUUCUCCCAUAAGCGUAUCCACUGCCUUUGCAAUGCUGUCCCUGGCUGCUAAAUCAGAGACACUGCAAGAGAUUUUUAACGUGCUCCACUUUAAACCAAAUGAGAUCCAGCAAGGAGAGAUACAUGAAGGUUUCCAUCAGCUCAUGCAGUCACAAAAUCGCCAGAAUGCUAACUUCCAGCUGGAUAUGGGGAAUGUGCUGUUUGUGAAAGACCAGCUGAAACUGCAACAACAAUUUUUAAAUGAUUUAAAAAACUUUUACAGUGGAGAAGCUUUCCCAGAAAACUUCAAGAAUGUCAGACCAGCUCAGCAGAAGAUCAAUAAUUACAUAGAGAAAAAAACACACGGGAAAAUUAUCAACCUACUCAAUAAUCUAGAUCCAACUACUGAAAUUCUUCUUCUUAGUUAUGUUUACCUUAAGGCCACGUGGAAUAAAACUUUCAAUCCAAAGUACACUAAAGAGGAUGACUUCUUUGUGGAUGGAAACACAGUUGUUAAAGUCCCUAUGAUGUUCCGGAUGGGCAUGUGCAAACGUGCCUAUGAUGCCCAGCUGUCUAGCACCGUGGUGCAAAUGGAUUAUAAAGAAGAAAGCAUUAAAGCAUAUUUUAUUCUGCCUGAUGAAGGACAAAUGAGGAAAUUGGAGAAUGGCUUGUCAUGUGAAAGUCUGACUAAAUGGAGAAAAUUACUUUCAGAAAGUUCAACCAAUUUAUAUCUGCCAAGAUUCUCUGUUCAUGGAAGAUUUGACUUAAAACAAAUUCUUUAUAGCCUGGGCAUCAGAAAAGUAUUUACUAAUGAAGCUGACCUGUCUGGAAUUACUGGGCAGCCCGGGCACGAGAUUUCAGAGGCUAUCCAUCAGGCCAUGGUGAAUGUGGAUGAGAAUGGCACUGAAGCUUCAGCAGCCUCUACUAUGGAAAUAGUGCCAAUGUCUGUGCCUGUUACCGUUAUAGUCAACAGACCCUUCAUGCUGGUAGUAGUUAAAGAUGGUGCCAUACUCUUUAUGGGCAAAAUUUUGAACCCUGUGGAACAAUAG